CACAUCCAAGGAAGGCAGCAGGCGCGCAAAUUACCCACUCUCAGAAUGAGGAGGUAGUGACGAAAAAUAACGAGACCGUUCUCUUUGAGGCCGGUUAUCGGAAUGGGUACAAUUUAAACCUGUUAACGAGGAUCUAUGAGAGGGCAAGUCUGGUGCCAGCAGCCGCGGUAAUUCCAGCUCUCAAAGUGUAUAUCGUCAUUGCUGCGGUUAAAAAGCUCGUAGUUGGAUCUGCGUCUCAGGACCUGGUCCAUCCAUUGGAUGAGAACUGGGCUCCUAGACUAAUAUUGCCAGUUUUCCUUACGUUACCUUGA